CCCGGACGGGGUGGGUGGGGAGGGUCCUGCCUUCCAGUCCCGAAUUUUUUCCUCCUGUUUUUCCCCUCUCACGGGGGAGGGGGACGGACGAGGUUGGAGAGGAAAGAAAGCUGAGCCCCAGGGCUAGGCUGCAGCCUGUCCCAGGCGGAGCGAGGCGCGGAGCCCCGGGGGGAAGGCGGAGGGGUCCGGAGGGUCCCCGUGAGGGUCCCCGUGAGGUUGGGGAGCACCUCCCAGCCGGGGCUGACUCCCUAGGAGCGAAAGAGAGAGACAGAAAAACCUCCGCCUCUCUGCUAGCCUCCUGAAUUUCAAGGGGAGAGGUGGGAGGGGAAGAAGAAGAAAAAAAAAAAAUUAAAAAAAAUAUCAUAAUCAAGGACUUAAGCUGGGACCUCCCAGCGGGAGAGAUUGAAAAGGAGCCAAAGCGGGACGGAGGGAGAGACAUCCCGAGCAGUGUGUGUCUCGGUUUGUGUCUGUCCUGUCCCCCCCCUGCUUUUUUUUUUCCUCCCUCCGCUGCCCCCCCAGGAUGUGGGUGCCGGUGCCGCUGCUGCUGCUGCUCCCGGAGCUGCUCCCCGCCGUGCCAGCCCAGAAGCUCUCUGCCCUCACGUUUUUGAGAGUGGACCAAGACAAAGACAGAGAAUGCAGCCUGGACUGUGCAGGUUCCCCCCAGAAAUCCCUCUGUGCCUCGGAUGGAAGAACCUUUCUGUCCCGCUGUGAGUUCCAGAGAGCAAAAUGCAAAGACCCUCAGCUGGAAAUUGCCUAUCGGGGCAACUGCAAAGAUGUUUCCAGAUGUGUGGCUGAGAGGAAGUACACCCAGGAGCAAGCUCGCAAGGAAUUCCAACAAGUCUUUAUCCCCGAGUGCAAUGAUGAUGGCACAUACAGCCAGGUUCAGUGCCACAGUUACACAGGAUACUGCUGGUGUGUCACUCCCAAUGGUCGUCCCAUCAGUGGCACUGCUGUGGCUCACAAAACCCCCAGGUGCCCAGGGUCAGUGAGUGAGAAACUUCCCCAACGAGAAGGUGCAGGAAAAGCAGUCUCCUUGCAAAUCUUUUCCAUUCUGAAUUCAGAUGAUGCCUCAGCUCCUGCCCUGGAGACUCAGCCUCAAGGUGAUGAAGAAGAUAUAGCAUCUCGUUAUCCUACCCUAUGGACUGAGCAAGUAAAGAGUAGACAAAACAAAACAAAUAAAAGCUCAGCAUCAUCAUGUGAUCAAGAACUUCAGUCAGCCCUGGAGGAAGCCAAACAGCCCCAGAAAGACAACGUCUUCAUCCCAGAGUGUGCUCAGGGGGGCCUCUACAAACCAGUGCAGUGCCACCCUUCCACUGGUUACUGCUGGUGUGUUCUGGUGGACACAGGACGUCCCAUCCCUGGCACAUCAACCAGGUAUGAACAACCCAAGUGUGAUAACAGUGCCAGAGCUCACCCUACCAAGACAAAGGAUUUGUACAAAGGACGUCAGCUCCAAGGUUGUCCUGGGGCCAAGAAGAAUGAGUUCCUGACUAGUGUUUUGGAUGCCUUGUCCACGGAUAUGGUGCAUGCAGUCUCGGAUCCAUCCUUGGCUUCUAGCAGGGUUUCAGAGCCUGACCCAAAUCAUACUUUGGAAGAGAGAGUGGUCCACUGGUAUUUCAAACAGCUGGACAAAAAUUCCAGUGGUGACAUUGGCAAGAAAGAAAUCAAACCGUUCAAGAGAUUCCUCAGAAAGAAAUCCAAACCCAAGAAAUGUGUGAAGAAGUUUGUGGAAUACUGUGAUGUGAACAAUGAUAAGUCCUUAUCAGUUCAAGAACUGAUGGGCUGCUUGGGAGUAACAAAAGAAGAAGGUAAAGCAGAAACAAGGAAACGCCACACAGCCCCCAAAGCCAACACUGAGAGCACUUCAUCCAGCAGGCAGCAGGUUUCUAAGAAGCAAGGGUGAGCAGCUGACUGAGAGAAGGCAGAUCUCUUGACAUGUGGGAGAUUUCCUCACCAAAAAGGCAAUAAAAACAACUGUAGUAUUUGCACUUUGUACUUAAAAAAAUGUAAAUUCACUUUGUAGAAAUGAAAUAUUUAAACAGACUUUUUUUUUUUUUUUUUUAAUCUGUGAAAAUGUACUGGCUAGUUUUGAAAAAUUAUCACAUACAAUGUAUGUGUAUUCUGUUGUUGUCUGAAUUAUGUAAAAUGUGUUGGAGAUGUAAAAGUUUGCAUUUAAACUGGGUUUGUUUUGUUUUGUUUUGUUUCCAUAGCUUGUUGGCAACCAGUAGCAUAGAAACCUGAUUCUAUGUAUUUUGGUUUCAAUAGUAUACCUUGUUUUUUUCUUAAUCAAUAAUGUCAUUUAAAUAGAGUUAUGCUGAGAAGUCUACUGUAUUCUCAAUUUUGUCCAAGCAGUGUUGGAUGUUUCAGCUUUGCAGGACUGAGGGAAGGGUGUAAAUUGAUGUUUACUUGGUUUUGCAGCUUUUUAACUGAACAGAUUUCUCAUUGGUGGCAGUAUUUUCUUUCAGUUGGGUUUGAUUGUUAUUAAUGAACCUUUCCAAAGGUCAUGAAACGAGAAUACAACCACUAAUGGAUUCAAAACAAGCAUUCUGCAGUGGGGAUCCUGGUAGAAAAAUGUCUCCUUUUAUCCAUUUUUGAUAUUUAUCCAUUAGAAUUUUUGGCAGGAUUUUUCCCCCCUGUUUAGUUUCCCUUGGCAAACCAAGAGGGAGUAGGGUGGAUUGCAAUGUCCCCCCCUGAUUCUGCUCCAGCCUGGGCUUCCAAGCAUCUUUCUGUGGGCAGAGCAAAGCAGGAGCAGAGGUUCUCUUGGUCACAAUUGUAAAUUUUAACUCCAGAGAGAGACAGGGGAGGCUCAGGAGAUUGCUCAGCCAUCCCUGCCCCAUUACCUCUUGGCUUUGCCUUGGGGCCAAAACUCAAGAGAUGUGAAGAGUUGCCAUCAGGAGGGGCUGGUUCCCCACAUCACCCCUGCCUGAGCCAUUUCCCUCCCUGUCUGAAGGACGCUCUCCCAAGUUUUCAUACCUUCUCUGUCAUUCCCCUCCACUCCCCAGUCCUUUUUUUAAUUUUUUUUUUAAUAGGCAUGCAUGAGGGGAACCAGAAUUUGAGGAGGUGGAUUUAGAGCAGGGGACCCAAGAGAAAAAAAGGUUCAGCUGUGAGUUACAAGCAGCUGGGUUGAUGGAUGCAGUGGUAGAUGGGCUGCUGGCAUCUAGGAGCUGACCUGGAAAGGCAGGAAUGUUGCAGCAAGCAGUGAUUUCAUCCUGGUUUGGCUUUUUUUUAAAAACUUGUGGGAUCUGACAUGUGACUAGCUAAUCAUGAUAGCACCCUGGUGUGAGCUUGUACCUGGAAAAGUGGUGGGUUUUUUUUUUUUUUCUUUUUUUUUUUUUCAAACAAAAAUGGUUUAUUUCACUUUUUUUGUGCAGUAGAAUUGUACCCCAGGAAUUGUGUACCCUUCAAUUCUGGGAGCAGGAGGAACCCAGGUGCAGCUGUGUGUUAUCUUUUUGUUUUCAAAAGUAUUUGCUAUUCUUUUAUACGGUUAAACUUUGAAUUUAAUCUUCUUUCUAGAUUAAAGAUCAGUAUG